UGUUCAUUUGAUUUUUAAGAUUCCUCAAAAACAAGAUGAGCAUUGUUGAAGUUGGGGCCCAUGGGUAGAAUCACAGACGCUUUUGUUUGGGUCUCCCCGUUCUUGCGAUGGCCUGCUGUCGAUCAAGAUGCAAAAGCGUCCGCCCCCAUCGGCCCUUUCACUGCUGCAGCUGGCUGCCUCUUGCUGUUUGCCGUAUGCUAUGCUCACUGCAAUCUGUGCUGGUGAGGCCGAAGGAGCUGCAGCUUCAGUAUUAAACCAGGCCAACGAAACGCUUAUGACGCUCGCCACCAAAAAAACACGAGUGCUGGGAUGUCACCCAUGCUUCAGGCUAAACAUGUUCUCCAAGGGCACCAAGCGUAAAUUUUCCGAUGGUGGUGAAGAGAUUUCCGACGAAGGCCUGGUUGGUGCCAGGGUGGCAUCCUCGUACAGCUUGCAGCGGCAGUCGCUGCUGGACAUGUCCCUCAUUAAGCUGCAGUUAUGCCACAUGCUGGUGGAGCCCAACCUCUGCCGCUCGGUUCUCAUUGCCAACACGGUCAGGCAGAUUCAGGAGGAGAUGACCCAUGAUGGCAGCUGGCAUAUGGUCACUGAAGCAUUCUGCAGUGCAGGCCAGAGCCCCUCUGAGCGUUUGGUGGCCACUGAGGUCCUUUGCAGGUCACGGGAGCAGGAUGCAGAACCUAAGGUCUUUUCUGUCAUCAGCUACGAAGGUUGCCGUGAAGAGGAGGUGGUGGCUGAUGAAACACUGUGCUCCGUUUCGGUUAGAGAUACUGUUUCUAAUGUCUACCUGGCAGGGCGUAUGGGCCAGUGCUGGGAGAAGAAUGAGCUCAGUGGCAUAGAGAGUGAUGAAGAGGUCCUUGAAGACUCUAGACUUGGUUCAGGAGAAGAUGAGGAGAUCGACACGGAGGAUGAGGCUUCCACUGAGGGUCCAAAGACCAUUGGACAAGUUUUUGGGACAUUUGAAAUAAAAAACGGUUCACCGGGUCCAGACUCUGCUCUUGAGGAGCUUUUCUCCGAUGUGGACACCUCCUAUUAUGAUCUGGACACCAUGCUGACUGGCAUGCAGAGUGCACCCAAGAUGGGCCCUUAUGACCUCCUUGACAGCUUGGGACCUUCACAUGGUUCCCCUUCCAUAGUGUCAACACCGAACUGUCGUUCUGAUCUCAAUGAACUGGAUCACAUCAUGGAAAUCAUUGUGGGUUCAUAGGUUAGACCUUACUCAGAGACUUACACGCUUGUCUUAAUGUUAAAUGGCUUUUCUGUUCCUUAUGGAAUGCAAGUAAAGUCUAGAGUCCUUUCAGGGAAAAGAGUUGAUGUCUUGUGAAGGAUGGCUUGAUUUUAUGAGCUGACCAUAGUCAUAUUAUUUGCAUACCCUUUGUAUGUUUUAAUCAUUUUUUUCUGUAUUUGUCUGUCCAGACAUGGUGGGUUUUUUUUAUUUUAUUUUAUUUUUUUAUUUAUUUGUUAUACUCAUGACACUACAGAGAGCAGAACAAGAUGUAUACAAACAUUGUAAAGGUUGGGAUAUUUUCAUAAGAAGACAAAAGAUUGUCUAAAAUGUGUACAUAAAUAUAUAUUUUUUACAAUAGAUUCUUCUUGUAAUAUGUUACUGUACAUUAUGUACAUGUUCUGCAGAUUGAUUUUAAACGAAGAGAUUAGAUUCUUAUGUGAAACAACUUUUCUGUUGAUCAAAAUCCAUAAACUGAAGGAACUUAAUUCAAUACAACAGUAUGCAAAAAAGCACCAAAUAUACAUACAAUGAUGCAUGUUUUACAUUUAUGUGCUUGUUUGCACAAAGUAUUUUUUUUCCUCUCAAGGUUUUAUUACAGUUGGCUGUCAAUCAGCUCAGCCGUAGGUUUUGUUUGUUGUCAGACGUCAAUGUUCUUAUAUUUUGUCUAAUCAACAAAUUAAGUAUAAUGGGGCCAACCCAUUCUAUGUUGUGACUUAAUUUAUUUAAUUUAUUUACUGCAAACGGUGAGUAUUGGCUGUGGUCAAACUCAGGGUGGCUUUUUAACUCUAGGGGACUGAUUGACCAAAGCCUUUUGCUUAUAGUAAAUCGGUCACAGAAUUAGUGCUUUGUAAGUUGAUUUGCACCAAUCAUUGGUUUAAGUAUUGAUUUUAAGCAAGUUGACUGUUUUAAUAUGGGUGAAUGGCUAUUAGUCCUCUAGACCCCUCAUAAUGAGAAGACAUUUGUCUAGUUCUAUGCAUUGAGUGUCAUAACACUUUCUAUGUAUGAAGUGUUUAAAAUGCAUUUAGUACAGUAUUUUUUUUAUACUUCAGAAUCAGUCAACAAGAGAUGGUUUUAUUUUACACAACAUUUUCCCGUUGUUACAUAUAUUAUAUGGUUUUGCAUAAACUAUGUUUGUGCAAAUUAUAGGUUAUUACAUUUUGAUAAUUGUUUUCUUCUACAUUGUGUCUCAUUUAAAUUCUAAGAGGAUUUUUUAUUGUAUGAUUUUAAACUAGUAUAGAGUAUACACAUUUUAUAUGAGCAUUGUAGCUUUUUUAACGUUUUUUAAUAAAAGGUACAUCUUAUGAAAACAA